ACAUUUCAGACCAAAUUCAGAGCAUAUUACACAUUUUUAACAAUUUUGUUUGGGCAAGAAAAAGACCAUCAUUCCAAAUAAUUUGGAACAGGGUAAAUCAUACGAACCUUUGCAGAAUCCCACACUUACUCUUCACAAGUGACAGCCUCCAAGGAGUGUUAAAAAAUUACAAAAGGGGAAAGAAGAUUGCAGGUGUAGUUUCUAUUGACACCCAAAAGCCUAGGGCAAGCUUUAUCUCUAUGUCAAUUCCUCGCUCAUGAAUUUGCAGUUAUUUGGAGCUGGGAAUUUCCUUUUAUAUCAGUGGGGUGCUAAGCAAGCCAUAGAAUUAAAAUUACAAUCUUACAUGAUUAAGCACUGCCAAUUUCAGGUUGGAAUUUGUAAUGACUCUACAGAAAUAGAAGCGGCAGCAUAAUUGCAAAUGGCGGUUCAGGAUAAAGAAGCAGAAGUGGAAGCAGAAUCAGGAUCCAAAGAAGAGUCUUCGUAUUACUUGGCAAAGUGCGUGCUCAAAGGCAGCGUGGUGUUGCAGGCAGUCUAUGGCCACAUUCGUUCCCCUUCCACGCUCGAUGUAGUUUUGGGCAAGGAAACUGCAUUAGAGCUAGUAGUUAUCAGUGAAGAUGGGAUUGUACAAUCAGUUUGUGAGCAGACAGUAUUUGGCACCAUUAAAGAUCUUUCUGUACUUCCUUGGAAUGAACAGUACCGUGUACCCCAGGCACAGACAUAUGGGAAAGAUCUCCUUCUUGUGCUCUCAGAUUCUGGGAAGUUGUCUUUCCUAACUUUCAGUGUUGAAAUGCACAGGUUUUUAGCUGUGGCACACAUCCCCUUGUCUCAUCCAGGAAAUAUGCGUCGAGAGUUGGGUUGGUCGCUAGCUGUUGAAUGCAAGGGUCGUGCUGUUGCUGUUGGGGCAUUUGAGGAUAGAGUGGCAGUGUUUCCAGUCUCUAGUAUUGCUGGCAAUAACAUUGUUGAAAAGAGGAUUUUAUACCCAAGGGAGACGGGAAUACAACUUGAGACAGAAGCAGGGCCAAGGAAAGGAAGGGAGACAAUCACAGCUUGGGGUACAGUUUGGAGUAUGAGUUUUGUUUCAAAUGAAUCUGAGGGUUCAUGUAAAGGAAUGUCCCAGGUAGUUUUGGCUGUACUCCUACAUAGAAGGGGAGCUGUUGAAAAUGAAUUGCAACUAUUAGUGUGUGAUACCACUGAGCAAAGUAUUCAUUUGAAGGCACGAUUUAGUGCUACUGGACCUCUAGCAUCAAGCGUUGUAGGUAUUCCUGAUGUUCCUGGUUUUGCACUACUACUUCGGCAAGGUGACCUUCUCCUCCUUGAUUUAAGGGAUCAAAGCAAUCCUUUACCUGUUUCACGGAUUCGUUUAAGCAGACUGAGUGGGGAUGGAGAAAGGAACACUAUUGAAGGUGACAAAGGAAUGCUUUGUGGAGGUCAUGAAGGAGAUGAAGAAGGAAGCUUUAAUGUUGCAGCAUCUGCUUUAUUACAAUUAAGUGAUUCUGGGAUAAGUAGUGCAGAUAGAGGUGAAGCUAUGUGCGUUGACAGCGACCAAAGAAAAUUAAGUUCAUCUUCCAUAUCUGUAUGCUCAUGGAGUUGGGAACCAAACCACCCUAGCAAUCGGAGAUUAGUCCUUUGUCUUGAUUCAGGAGAAAUUUUUACAGCUGAGUUUUUACAAGAUGGUCAGGAGGGAAUUAAGAUAAAUGUCAAUAAUUUCCGUUACAAGUGCUCACCUUGCAAGGCAGUGCUAUGGACCAAGGGUGGUUUUAUUGCUGCAUUUGUAGAGAUGGGGGAUGGUCAAGUUCUUAAGAUUGAAGAGGGUAUACUAUCAUUCAGAAGCUUGAUUCAGAACAUUGCACCUAUUUUGGAUAUCGCUCUUGUUGAUUAUCACAAUGAACAGCAAGAUCAGAUGUUUGCUUGUUGUGGUGUGGGAUGUGAAGGCUCUUUAAGAAUCAUUCGGAAUGGUAUAAAUGUGGAGAAGCUACUUAGUACACCUCCAAUAUAUGAGGGCAUAACUGGUACAUGGACUUUAUGUAUGAAACACAGUGAUUGUUACCAUUCGUUUCUUGUGAUUUCUUUUGUAGAGGAAACCCGUGUUUUAUCUGUGGGAUUGAACUUUGUGGAUAUUACGGAUGCCAUUGGUUUUCAUCCUAAUGCCUGCACACUAACAUGUGGCCUGGUAGAGGAUGGGUGGUUAGUCCAAGUCUGCCAAAAUGAAGUGCGCCUGUGUGCCCCAACAACAGCUGCUCACCCAGCAGGCUUGGCUUUGUCAUCUCCAUUUUGUGUAUCUUGGAUUCCAAACAAUGCAAGUAUCAGUUUGGGUGCAAUUUCUCGUCGGACGAUAAUUUUGGCAAUGUCUUCUCCAGGUACUUUACUUAUGCUCGGGAUAAGGACUUUGUCAUCUGGAGAUCAUGAACUUUAUGAGAUUCAGCAGGUAAAACUUCAGGCUGAGCUAUCCUGCAUAUCUAUUCCUCAAGAAGAACUUAGCCCAACUUCUGUGCCAGCAUCUAUUAUCGGUCUGGUAGGGGAUGGUUCACAUGGCCCUUUUCCAAGUGGAGUUGAGAUUGGAAAAAUAUGUGUAGUUGGAACACAUAAGCCUUCUGUUGAGCUUCUGUCAAUUGUGCCCGGAGAAAAUUUUACAGCCCUUGCUGUUGGGUCUAUAUCGCUGACAAAUACAAUGGGCACUGCUGUCAGUGGGUGUGUACCACAAGAUGUGAGGCUUGUUCUGUUUGAUCGUCUUUAUAUUCUUUCAGGUUUGAGAAAUGGUAUGUUGCUUCGUUAUGAAUGGCCAGCAAGUUCUAUUUUUCCUUCAGAGCUGCCAUCUUCAUCUUCACUCCCUGCUUUUAUGAGUCCUUUGGAUGGAAACACAUCAUCUUAUACCGUUGCAUAUGAGUGCUGCCAAAGUCAAGAUAAGUAUACUUUUAGCAAAAAUGAUAUAGCAGAAGGUUCAUUUCCUGUCCAACUUCAGUUGAUAGCUGUGCGUCGUGUAGGCACAACUCCAGUAUUCUUGGUUCCACUUUGCGAUUCGUUACAGUCAGAUAUAAUUGCUCUUAGUGAUAGGCCCUGGCUUCUUCAGACAGCAAGGCAUAGCCAAAGAAUUGCUUAUACAUCAAUUUCGUUCCAACCUGCAACACACGUGACUCCUGUGAAUGCUGUUGAUUGCCCAAAGGGUAUCCUCUUUGUGGCUGAUUGCAGUCUACAUUUAGUGGAAAUGGUCAAUACAAAAAGAUUGAAUGUACAAAAGCAUCUUCUAGGGAGCACACCAAGGAGAAUUUUAUACCAUCCUGAAAGCAAGACUUUGCUGGUGAUGCGGACAGAGUGUCAUGAAAAUAUCUCUAAUCCUGUUUCAGAUAUCUGCUGUGUUGAUCCUCUAAGUGGUUCACUUCUGUCAUCAUAUAAGUUUGAUCCUGGUGAAACUGUAAGAUGCAUGCAGCUAUCGAGGGUUGGGAAUGAAGAAUAUCUAGUAGUUGGAACAGGUCUGUCUGCAGGUCGUGCUAUCAUGCCAAGUGGUGAAGCUGAAACUUCUAAAGGACGCCUUCUUAUUUUCCAACUAGAACCCAUACAGAUCUCCGGCAGUGGCAUGGUGUGCUCAAGCUCAGCAUCAAGUUCCGUUGCUGCACCAGGUUCUCCAUUUUAUGAUGGAAUGUGUUGUACUCCAGAGCAUGGAGUAAACAAUAAUUUAAAUGGAAGUUCAGAUGAAAUAAGCCAUGAUGGUGUUAGGUUUGAAGAAGGUGGAGGAUGGGAGUUGACAUUAAAGGGGCAUGUGUCAAUGCCUGGCAUAGUCCUUGCUGUUUGCCCUUAUCUUGGACGAUAUAUUUUGGCUUCUGCUGGUAACACUUUAUUUUGCUUAGGUAUUCAACAAGAUUCUCCCCUGCGCUUAAGACGAUACUCCGUUUUGAAGACACGCUUCACAAUUACAUCUAUUGCCGUUCACCUGAACAGAAUUGCUGUUGGUGAUUGCAGAGAUGGAAUAUUGUUUUAUUCUUACCAAGAGGACCAACGGAAAUUGGAACAACUGUAUUGUGAUCCUGUUCAACGUCUAGUUGCAGACUGUGUGCUCGUUGACUUGGACACUGCCUUGGUGUCUGACCGUAGAGGCAACUUUUGUGCUUUAUCUUGCCCUAAUCUCUUAGAGGAAAAUGCAAGUCCUGAGCGUAACUUGAGACUUAGCUGCUGGUACCAUAUGGGAGAAACAAUCAUGCGUAUCCAAAAGGGUUCAUUUUCAUACAAGGUCCCAAAUGAUGAUGGCUUGAAAGCAUGCAAUAAGAAUGGCAUACUCUUAGAUGUCGCAGAUAGUACAGUUGUGGCCAGCACUCUUCUUGGUACUGUUGUAAUCUUCAUCCAGUUGAGCAGGGAAGAUUAUGAUUUACUGGAUGCUGUGCAAGAAAGGCUAGCUUCUUAUCCACUCACUGCCCCUGUUCUGGGAAAUAAUCAUGCUCAAUUCCGUGGCAGAGACUCACCUGUGGGAGUGUGCAAGGUUCUUGACGGUGACAUGUUGGCUCAGUUUCUGGAAUUAACAAGCAUGCAGCAGCGGGCAGUGCUUGCAGCUCAACCAACACUGGCCUCCGAUGCAGCAAAUUCAGCUAAUUUGCAAAGAUCACUACCUUUGGAUCAAGUUCUUCGUUUGCUUGAGCGAGUACAUAAUGCUCAAAAUUAGUCACCUAGAAAUAUUUUACUAUUUUGAGUGGUUCGAUUUUGUUUAGGGAAGUGUGCCCAUCUUUCACAGCCCGUGGAAUUGUAACAUGAGUGAUUCUUAUUGGAGUUGGGGUGUCUUAUAUUCAGGAAGGGUCUUUAUCUCGGUAAGGUAACAGCAAGCCUUUUUUAUAAGUCAACUUGAACUGGUCUCUGAUGUAUUUUAUUCGGCUUUUUUACAAAGUUGAUGAGAAGGUUCAUUUAUUGUUUGUAAAUUAAUUUAUUCACCUAGAGAUUCUUGAGUUGCGGCAAUUUUUAUGAGGGAAAAAACUACUGUCUUUCACAUCCAAAGUAAAUUUGAGUGGCACGGAUGAGGGGCUUACUUGAGUUUCAAUGAUAUCAUCUUUAGACAGGUCCUUAUUUUCACAAAAGUUUUAAGGCAAUUAUGGAUUCAGCUAUUGUAAGGACUUAUACAAAAUUCUGAAUCACAUUUUUAUAGGCAAAUCUUGAACGAAUGUCGAGAAAUCAUAUAGUAUACACUUAUUCAAUGAUAAGUUUCAUAGUCUCACUUAAACCAAGGGGUAAAAGUUGUAGUCGCCAAGUAACAAAAGUAAAUAUAAUUGUAUUGGCUGAGAGUUUAUUUCUAUAUUUUUGUUCGUCA